AUGUCUCGAGAUCCUCAAAUGGAAUUAUUAAAUAUAGAACCAACUUUAAGAGAAUUUGUUUAAAUGCCAUUAACUAAUAAAUUCUUUCAAUAAAUAGAUACUGAUUUUACUGCUGAACCUUGGGAUGUACCUAUAACUCCAGCUAAAACAAGUUAAUAGAAGACAAGAACUAUUACAUUCAAAUAACCAAUUCUCAAAUUUCAACCACGUCAAUCCACUAAUGAAACUCCAACUCACAUAUCUAGACCUAAAAGUUGUCAUCAUAAAAGUGCUUUUGUAGAAAUUGCAGUUCCUACUCCUUAACCAACUUAUCCUAAAGUCCUUUAAAGAAUCAUUAUUUCUGCCUAACAAAAAUCAUCUCGUAAGAACUCAACUAGUCAAUAUCGAUAAAAAUGUCUCAAGAAUAUUCUACUAGCUUAAAAAUAAAACAGUUAAUAAUGUAAUUAUACACACACAAAUUAUACACAUACAUCCACUGAUUAUUUUAAUUUCAUUUCAUCAAUCAAUCCUGUUUCUCAAAAAAAUAAAACAACCACAGAACCUUUAUUAAAAAAAUUUAAGCUUAAACUCAAAAAUAUGCUCAAUUGA